CGUUGAUUCCCACAACACUCCCAGCUCAGACAUACAGGAGUAGUCUUGUGACGGAAUGGCUUGCAACCUCUAGGAUUUCCCCUACAAUUGGCGACUAGGAUCUAACUCUAUACCUAAAAAAGGGAUUCGUAUGAGAUCAUUCCAGGAUGUGGAUUCAUUUAGCCUUCCAUUGACACAGAACUUUCAGAACCCUUAGAAGGUCCAUGCGUGUUCCUUUCAUCUUGAAGAGAGAUUGGACAAAAAGAAUGAGUGUGUGUGCCGACGUCCCCUCAUACCUGCGGCGGUGGCUGCUGACUGCUGUGUUUAUCUUGGCCACUCUGCUACCAGGAACCAGUGGCUGCCCCAAAUCGUGCGCGUGCUACGUUCCCACCGAAGUGCACUGUACCUUCAGAUAUCUGACCGCAAUACCAGGCCAGAUCCAGACGGCUGUAGAAAGAAUUAACCUAGGGUAUAACAGUAUAACCUUAUUGAGGGAGAAUGAUCUGUCUGGGUUGAAACACCUGGAGCUGCUGAUGCUCCACAGCAACACCAUCCACAGCAUCGCUGACAGGGCCUUUCAAGACCUCAAGUCCUUACAGGUCCUGAAGAUGAGCUACAACAGAGUGAAGGAGAUCAACAAGGACAUCUUCCAAGGCCUGGAGGGACUGGUACGACUCCACAUGGACCACAACCGCAUCGAAUUCAUCAACCCGGAGGCGUUCUACGGUCUCACAGCGUUACAGCUGGUCCACCUGGAGGGUAACCUGCUCCAGCAGCUCCACCCGGAUACAUUCAUCACGCUGAGGCACAGCCAAGUGUUCAAGGUGUCCUCCGUCAGGAACAUCCACCUGUCUGAUAACCUCCUCGCCAGCUUACCCAAAGACGUCUUCACAGGCUGCUCUCAGCUGGAGAAUGUCUAUCUCCACGGCAACCCCUGGUCCUGCGACUGUCGCAUGGCUUGGUUCCCAGAGUGGGCGGAGAGAAAUGCAGCUGUGCUGAAAUGCAAGCGAGACAGAAAGUUUGCCAGAGGUCAGGCCUGCCCCAUCUGAGACCCCGCUCCCUCUAGAAGCAAAAGCCUAACCCAGCUUCCCCGUGAUGCCUUCACCUGUACCAAGCCCUGGAUCCACCCCCAUCUGAAGCAGAGGAACGUCAGCCUGGACGAGGGGGAUUACACCCCUGUCUCCCCCCGGGACUUCAUCGCUCCCAUUGGAUCUCUGCAGAUGAAUCUGACAGCUCAGUUCCACAAUGACGCACGCCUUACCUGCACAGUCCAGAGACCAUCAGCCAUGGAGAACCUGACUCUAACCCAGGUGGAGGAGGGGGAGAAGAACGUGACCAUGCUCUCCACCACCAUCUCUACAUGGCUGGUUUGUAAUAUUGACUAUGAUCACAUCCAACAGCUCUGGCGCAUCCUGGCUACGUACAGUGACGUUCCCAUGAGGCUAGAGAGAGGGCUGAUGCUCUCCAGGACCCCAGACAUGAUCUACAAGUACAGCCAGAUCAGACCAAAGGAGGGACAUGAUGAAAUCCACACAGACAUUGAGGCUGAGAUUAAGGCUUCACCCGCGUGGUUGAUGCAAGGAGAGGUCAACUUUCAGCUGGACCGCACUACAACCACAUUCUCCACCUUGCACAUUAAGUACAGGUCAGUGGUCAACCUGCGUGUGGAGAACAAGGUGUCACAGAGGAGGGACCGUUACAGCUGGACCAUCAUCAAACGAGACAACCAGACCCAGACUGAGCACUCUGUCCUCAUAGGUGGGGUGGUGGAGCUCAACUGCAAGACCUUUGGGGAACCAAAACCCUCUGUAGAGUGGAUCUUAUCGGACGGCAGUAAGGUGCGGGCACCCUACUCCAGUGAGGACCGCAGGAUAGUGAUCACCGCUGAUGGGAGGCUGACCCUGAGAGGAACAGACACCUCAGACACUGGCCUUUACCGCUGCAUCGCCACUAACUACCUGGACGCAGACGUGCUCAGCUUCCGGGUCACCGUGCUGUCUCCCGAUGUGGAGGAGGAGGAGGUCAACGGGGUCAAGCUCUCACGGCCUCUGGGCCAGAGCCUGGUUCUAGACUGUGGGUCCGCAGGCAACCCUGAGGCCUCGGUCCAGUGGAUUCUACCUGACCACACAGUGCUGGAUAAAUCCUAUGGGAACAGGAAGCUCUAUAGGAAUGGGACUCUAGGAAUAAAAGAUCUGACCUCCAGAGACCGGGGAUUUUACAGGUGUCUCAAUGCUAACUACCUGGGGGUGGACCUGUUGACAUCCCAAGUGACAGUCACUGGGGAGGGGUCCAGGAAGGUGACAGUGGUGGAUAGAGAGGGGUCAGGGGCGGAGGCUUUGGUUGAGGUUGACGGGGCCAUAGAGGAGAGGGAGGAUUCCCACAGUGAGGUCCCUUCCUCCAGCCUCUCUAACAGAACUAUCCAGGAGUCCAGGACCAUCACAUCAGACAGGCCCUAUCCCAGACUCAGGUCUUCCUCUCAGGGCAGAGGAUCAGCGGGCUCUUGGGGGAGAAGGAGGAGCCCAGCCAGCAGCAGGCGCAUAUGGAGCAACAGGAGGGUAUUUGAUCAAGCCUCCAGGAAAGUAGACAUCCAGAGAUUUGCAGAGUUCAUGAAGAAGGCCCAAGGUGGUUCAACAACAAAGACAAAGAGUGCGAAAGAAAAAGGAGAUUCAGAGCCUGACAUGUCUGGGGACUCGGAUGCUGGAUCUGGGGAGGGUCUCAUUGGGUCUCAAGACGGACUCAUUGUUUUACCAAGCAGCGUCAUGCCAACCACAGAUUCUCCAGAUGAAAGUAUGAUGGGUGUAACUGCAAGCAUAGAGAAUUUAAACAAUCAGAAUAAUGUCAUGGCAACCACGGACAACAGUGAAACCAGUGUCAUGAGAACCAUGGAGAUCCCAGAUGACAGUCGGACUAGUUUCACUGUAACAACAGAAAAUACUGACAGAGUGACAACAGUGACGACAGAUUCAUACACCCGGUCAGACGCCACACCCAUCGAGUCCACAUUCACUCACAGCAACCACAGCACAGGAAGUAUCAAUGAAACUCAGGGUGAGGCCGUCUUUCAAUACAGCCCCAGAAUGAGUGGGUCUAGUGGUGAGUCGUACUCUUUGGAGAGGAACAAGACAGUACCUCUGAGACAACCCGUCACGCUCCUCCUCGCCGUGACCAACACCACAGACGAGACACAGAUCCUAUUCUCCAGAGAAACACCUGCAGAACCAGAUACCUCCACCGGGGCGGCGCUAUCGCUCCUCACUGACCCCAAUGUCACCCCCAUGAUGGACAGUCCCAGAUCACCCAACAGAGAGCCUGAGAUCCACACAGCCACUGACCCAGACAGCCAGACCGCCUUCACUGCAGUCACCACCACAGAGAGAGAGCAGGAUGAGAUCAUCUUCCACACCACCCAGAGGAUCAAGUCCCCCCGUCUGCCUGCAGGCUCCACCAUCAUCUCCCGCCAGCAGAUCCAUAUCAUCCCUCCUAUGAAGGGCAGAGGAGGAGGAGGAAGAGGAGGGGGCCGGAGGAGGAACUUCCCUGGCAGGAGGAGGUUCAUCAAGCCCAACCGGAUCACAGACAUCCAGUCCAUCCUGAACAAACUCAAACAGCCUAACAUUGUGAAGAAGCAAGGCAGCAGCACAGUACCCAACACUAUGGAGCUAACCACGGACUGUGACUGUGAUGAAGAUGAGAAGAAGAUAGGUGGUCAGCGGGUCGUCACACCAACAACAUCUCCUAAAACUCCCAAAGUCCCUAGCUCCUCUCUAGGAAGAACAGAGAGACCGACCACCACAUACUCAACAGAAUCCCCCACCACAACCACCCAGCCCACCUCCACUCACUCUCAGUCCCCCACCACCCAGCCCACCUCCACUCACUCUCAGUCCCCCACCACCACCCAGCCCACCUCCACUCACUCUCAGUCCCCCACCUCCACUCACCACCACCCAGCCCACCUCCACUCACUCUCACCCACCUCCACUCACUCUCAGUCCCCCACCACCACCCAGCCCACCUCCACUCACUCUCAGUCCCCCACCACCACCCAGCCCACCUCCACUCACUCUCAGUCCCCUUCCACCACCCAGCCCACUUCCUCUCACUCUCAGUCCAGAGGUGAGGUAUCCAGCAGCUACAUGACCUCCACUAAUGCCCCAGAGUCUGACCCAACACACAACCCUAUGACGAGCACAACAGAUGAACCAACAACCUCCACCAUCACAGCCACAAUUGCCUCCAAGAUCGUCCGUGGUAAGAUCAUCUGGGGCAAGCUGUUUGGGAACAGGGACAGGCAGAGGGAAAUAGUCAACAGACAACGUAAACCAGCCAGGCCCUCAACCACCCCAGAGGGCUCAACAAUAGUCCAACCAACCACCACCACAACUACAACCACAAACGCACUUUCCACCCAGCGGUCUCUGGCUGAACCUGUGACCGAGUCACCGUCUAGAGCAGGUAAACACAGAGAGACCCCAGAAAUCUCAUCAGACGGUGACUAUGGAGAUUCAUUGCCUGACUCUGAGGCCUCGUCCUCUGUGUCUGAAUCUGGAGGUUCAGCGGGGUAUCUAUCCCGUAGAUUUGGGGGAAACCGGAGACCAAAUGGCGGGUCAGGGGGGUACCUAUCCCGUAGAUUUGGGGGAAACCGGAGGCCAAAUGGAGGGUUAGGGGGCAGGAGGCCUUUCAGGGGCAGGAGGCCUUUAAAAAAAAACAUAACAACUACGGAAGCCCCCAGCACCACCAUAGAAUCAACAGAAACUUCAACCACCAUGGAGACCACCAUGGAGACCACCACAUAUCCCACAGAAACCACCAUGGAAACCACCAUGGAGACCACCAUGGAGACCACCAUGGAGACCACCAUAUAUCCUGUAGAAGCCACUAUGGAAACCACCAUGGAGACGACCACAUAUCCCACAGAAACCACCAUGGAAACUACCACAUAUCCCACAGAAACCACCAUGGAGACCACCACAUAUCCCUUAGAAACCACCAUGGAGACCACCACAGCUCCCACAGAAACUACUAUGGAGACCACCAUGGAGACCACCACAUAUCCCGCAGAAACGACCAUGGAGACCACCACAUCUCCCACAGAAACCAUAAUGGAAACCACCAUAUAUCCCAUAGAAACCACCAUGGAGACCACCACAUAUCCCACAGAAACCACCAUAGAGACCACCAUGGAGACCACCAUGGAGACUACCACCUAUCCCUUAGAAACCACCAUGGAGACCACCAUGGAGACCACCAUGGAGACUACCACAUAUCCCUUAGAAACCACCAUGGAGACCACCAUGGAGACCACCAUGGAGACCACCACAUAUCCCUUAGAAACCACCAUGGAGACCACCAUGGAGACCACCACAUAUCCCACAGAAACUACCAUGGAAACCACCGUGGAGACCACCACAUAUCCCACACAUACCGUCUCCGUCUCAAACCCCCUGUACACGCCGUCCAGAGAAUCAGAUGGGUCUGCUGUGACUGUGUCCACUGACAUGACCUCCGUGGGAGAAACCACCACAGACUCCGACUCAUACGAUAAUGAGAACUGGACAGAUGAGAUGAAGUCCUCCACUAACCGUCCACGAGCCUACACUUCCACCACCAGGCCCAGAAUGACCUCUCCCACAACUUAUCCAACCACCACCUCAAGGCCUUACACUACAUCAUCAACCCGCGUCCAUACUAACAUAGACCCCAUCAGAGUGAACACUAACAUCAGGCUCCCGCCAGGGAGAGACAGCCGUUACCAAAUCACACAGAGACCCAUGAUCAGGAGAACCAGGCCCAAGGUGUCCCAUAACAGGGCCAGCAGUGGCCCAGACAAUACCCUGACCUUUGACACACUGACUAUUCUGGAAGCAGAGCAGGGGCACGCCAAAGCCCCCUAUAGCAGCAAGGACAUAGACGAUGCCAUCUCCAACGCCUAUACCCACAUCACCGGCUAUGAUACGACAACGGCUAACAUUGUGGGCUUUGAGCGGUCCACCAAGGACAUUCUCACCAAGCCCAGGAUCGUGGGAGGCAACGCUGCCAGCUUCACUGUCCUGUCCAACUCAGACGCCUUCCUGCCCUGUGAGGCCGCGGGCAGCCCUGAACCCACCAUCAGCUGGAAACGCUUCUCUUCAAGCACUGGAAGCACAAUGUCCAUCAACGGCAAGAUGAGCAAGUUUGAAGUGUUCCCGAACGGCACUCUAUCCAUCCAGAAUGCAAACAUCAAAGACCGUGGUCAAUACCUCUGCCUGGCUGAGAACGAUCAGGGGUCAGACAAGCUCCUUGUCACCCUGUCCGUAGUGGCCUACCCCUCACGCAUCCUGGAGCCCAAGGUACGGGAGAUCAAAUCCCACUCUGGGAAGACAGUGGAGAUGAAGUGCAAGGUGGAGGGCCGCCCCACCCCUCUGGUCUCCUGGAUCCUGGCCAACCGCACACAAGUCAGGGGCCACAACUCGGACCCCAGAGUGUCUGUGACCCCAGAGGGUACACUGCUCAUCAAGCAGGUGUCUGUGUAUGACCGGGGCCACUACAAGUGCAUCGCCAGUAACCCAGCAGGAGCCGACACUGCCACUGUCAGACUGCAGGUGGUGGCAGCACCUCCUGGUAUCCUGGAGGCCAAACGACAGCAGGUCCGGACCGGUGUGGGUCAGAGCCUGUGGUUACCCUGUACCGCUCAGGGCAGCCCCCAGCCCACCGUGCACUGGGUCCUCUAUGAUGGAACGGCAGUGCAGCCCCUGAAGCCCUCUGUGGACCCCAGGGUGUCUAUGUUCGCUAACGGGACGCUCCACCUGACCGAUACGGCCGCCUCGGACAGUGGGAAGUACGAGUGCAUCGUCACCAGCUCUACAGGGUCAGAGCGCAGGGUGGUGACGCUGACUGUGGAGAAGAAGAAGGAGAUGGCUCCUGAGAUCGUGGAGGCGUCACACCGCAGGACAGAGCUGGCGUAUGGGGACCAGCUGAGGCUGAACUGCUCGGCCACCGGGGACCCCAAACCCAGGAUCAUCUGGAGACUACCGUCCAAGGCUGUGGUGGACCAGUGGCACAGGAUGGGAAACCGAAUCCAGGUCCUGGACAACGGCACCUUGGUCAUGGACUCUGUGAGUGACAAGGAUGCCGGGGACUACCUGUGUGUGGCGCGCAGCAAGAUGGGAGAUGACCUCCAGCUCAUGAAGGUCACUGUGUCCAUGAAGCCAGCCAAGAUCGAGCCCAAGAUGUACGGCAAGAAGCAGGUCCCCUACGGCAACGACCUGAAGGUGGACUGUAAGGCAUCUGGAACCCCGGAGCCAGAGAUCUCCUGGGGCCUGCCGGACGGCACCAUGGUCAACAGCGCCCUGCAGUCAGACAGCAGCAGUGGAGGGGGACGAGUACGGCGAUACAUCCUGUUUGAAAAUGGCACACUCUAUCUUAAUCAGGUGGGCAUGGCGGAAGAGGGAGACUACACAUGCUACGCCGAGAACCAGCUGGGCAAGGACGAGAUGCACGUCCACAUCACCGUGGUGACGGCAGCGCCACGGAUACGUACGCCCAGCCGGACCUACGCCCAGGUGAAGCCUGGAGGCAAAAUCCGCUUUGACUGCGAAGCCACAGGCGAGCCCAAGCCCAAAAUCUUGUGGAUGCUGCCUACUAACGACAUGAUCGCAGCCUCCAACGAACGCUAUCUGAUGCACAUCAACGGCUCCCUAGACAUCCAGGAUGUUAAGCUGGUGGAUGCUGGGGAGUACGUGUGCUUGGCUCGCAACGCCGCCGGGGAUGACAGCAAAGUUUACAAGAUGGAUAUCGAUGGCAACCCUCCGGUGAUCAACGGCAACUCCCAGAACAGGAUCGUAGUGAAAGACACAGCCACCAAAUACUCCAGGAAGUUCAUAGACUGCAAGGCCACUGGAGACCCGCUUCCCAAGAUCACCUGGAUCAUGCCGGAUAACAUCUUCCUGAACGCUCCGUACUUCGGCAGCAGGAUCAAUGUCCAUCACAAUGGAACUCUUGAGUUCCGGAACGUCCGUCCGACGGACAUGGCGGAGUUCGUCUGCAUGGCGAGGAAUGACGGCGGAGAGGCAGUGAUGGUGGUACAGCUGGAGGUCACUGACAUGCUCCGAAGGCCUAUCUUCAAGAACCCCUUCAACGAGAGAGUAAUGACCCGUAUGGGGAAGACCACAAUCAUGAACUGUUCUGCAGAUGGUCACCCAACACCAGAGAUCAUCUGGCUGCUACCCAACGGAACCCGCUUCUCCGGGGGCUCCAACCGGGGCUCACGCCAACACCUAGGCAAUGACGGAACCUUCGUCAUCUACAACCCCAGCAAGGAGGACGCUGGGAAGUACCGCUGUGCCGCUAAGAACUCGGUGGGCUACAUUGAGAAGCUGAUAGUUCUGGAGGUGGGCCAGAAGCCAUUAAUCCUCACCAGGCCCAGAGGGAUCAUACGCAGUGUGUCUGGGGACCCUCUGUUCCUUCACUGCCUGGCUGAUGGCAGCCCCAGACCUAGGAUAUACUGGACCAUCCCUGGAGGCCACACCCUGGCCAGACCGCAGGUCCAUGGACGCCACCAGCUGAUGGAGAAUGGGACCCUGGUUGUCAAGGACACCACCCUCCACGAUCGGGGAAACUAUGUGUGUCGGGCGUCGAACGACGCUGGCGAGGCAGUUCUCACAGUGCCAGUCAUCAUCAUCGCCUACCCUCCCCGCAUCUCCACGGGACCCCCUCCCACCGUGACAGCGAUGGCGGCGGCGCCCAUACAGCUCAACUGUGCUGCCAUCGGGAUCCCAAAGCCAGAGAUUACCUGGGAGCUGCCUGACCACUCUGUGCUCUCCACGGCGGGAAAAGGGCGGCCCACGGGUAGCGAGCUGCUCCACCCUCAGGGCACGCUGAUCAUCCAGAGACCCACUACAGCAGAUUCUGGCACCUACAAGUGCCUGGCUAAAAACCACCUUGGCACGGACUCACGGGUCACGUAUGUACGAGUGCUGUGAGCACCAGCGCUGACUAUAGGGGAAUAUAGAACCCCUGGACUGUAAACUCUUAACAGACACGGUAACUUCACAGUGUUUCUUAUGAUGUACAAUGGCAAGAAAGACUGGUUUCCACAUGUGGACUUGUGAGGACGGGGUUUGUGGAAUAGUUUGAUCACGGGAAACAGCUCACAUCAAUCAACCAAGUAGCAGAACAGGAUUAUUAAGAGAAUGAGGAGGGUAUGGAGGAGGGGACGGAGGAGGGGACGGAGAAGGGAGCGAGGAAAAAUAGAAGCUGUACAGAGGAGGGUCUGUUCUUUGCCAGGAAAGUCGUGACUAGCGAGGUGUUAUUCUUAUUAUAACAGAGUCAGAGGUCUGGAAAGGCACGGUUGGUUCUCAUUUGAGGUGUUUUUAACAAGGGGCUAGAAGGUGGGUCUUACAGUGAGGCUACUUGUUGAGUGUUUUGACCAGACACUUUACUAUUACAGCCUGUGGGGAGAGAGGAAGAGAGAAACUCACUAUAUUCCCUCUGGACACUUCCUCAAUGUUUUAUUUUUUGGAGUGUUGGUAAUGACUCAUUUGCUGCAAUGACAGAAACAUUCUAUUAUCAGAAUGUUUCUAACUAUUUUGCUUUUCAAGACACAUUUCAUAUUUCUUGUGAAUAAAUCUUUAUAAACAGGCAGUAUAUUUUAAUGAAUUCUGCCAAAUAUACAUUUUUAAUAUACAUUUUACACUGGAUUAUCAUACAGUUUUUCAAAACAAAUUUCUCACAUUUCUAACUGUUUAUAUUUUUUUAUUAGCAUUGUUAGUUUGUCAUGUUGUUGUCUAUCUUCCCCCUCUCAUGGUUUGACAGUGCUUGUAUCAAUACAAAUGCAGGAGUUUGAUUGGUGUUAAUAGUGACUUUUAUGGAGGUGAAAGUAUCACCUACACAGUAUUCAGUGGCAUCGUAUGAACUGUCACUAAAAGUAAAUGCAUUAUUGGUUUCAUGUAAUAAUAUUCCUUUUGUAACUAUUAUCUACUUUGUGAAUCAAUGGUACGCAGGAGAUGAAAUUAAACCAAAGAUGGAAUGUG